AUGGCUGGCCAGCAAAUGCCUCGACGCAAGAUGCUUUCGCAGAGAAAGCCCACCAAAGUGCUCAAGAAGCAUAAGACUAUCGUCAAGUAUGACCGCAGAGAUUGCGAACUGACAGCUCAUCAGCAGUCGUGGGCACGUUCUCUUGCCGUAUCACUUUCUGGAUGGCGAAAGCGGCAAGCCUUCCUGAAAGCCCAGCUAGAAGCUCACGUAAAUGCUGAAUCAGCUCGCGUAGCCGAAGAGGCUACUCUUCAGGCUACUCUUCAGGCCCAAGAAGAUGAACGUCGAGCUCAGUCAGUAAUAUUGACGGCGGAGGCAGAUGCACGGUUUGCUCGAGAUGCCGCUGCAUAUCGGAGAAGAGCCAUCGAGAUAUACCAAUCGAAUAUCGAAGAUGAAACCGAAGAAGAGCGAGACGACGAGGAAUACAUGCAUGACUAUAUUACCAAGUUGUGUAAGUACGGCUCCUCUACCAAGCGCAGGAAGGUUCAAGAUAUUGAAGACGAUGACAGAGAUGAAUCGGACACCGAGAAUCCAGACGUUAUGUCUUCAGCUAAGACUUAUCCCACUCCGAUAUUCCCGUCUGCAACAAAUGUUGACUGGAGGGUCAAGGCCCAAAACGGCAUCGCAAAGAAAAAGCUAACAAUCGACAAAGGUUGGAGUGCAGUCACCUGGAAUCAGAAAUCGAACGUUCACGAGCGCCUCUUGUUGUUGGAGAGUGAUGGUUUCGGAAUUAGCCAGCUACAAGAUCGUAAAGCGAGUAGUGAAGAAAUCACGGCAAUUAUCCUCGAGCGUGCAGCUGUACAACAACGGCCUGAUAACACAGCAUCUCUGCCGGUUCAGACACAUGAAGAAGGAAAGCCAGUAGCAGACCGGCAAGCAUCGCCCCCUCAGCCGCCAACAAAUGCCUCGCCGAUAUCAGACCAUCAGAACGCGCCGGCACCCAUGCCACAAUCUGCUACACCUCCAAUCCCUGAGGACGAUACACAGCCGUUCUGUUUCGAUGAACCUUACCAGCCCCGCGCUUCGCCUCGAUUGAAGCGUAAACGAGACUGCCACUCCGACGACGAAGACUCGGAAGACACUGCGGCUAUUUCUUCUUAUCCUCCGCUCAAGAAGCGCAAUAUCGUGUUUCAUACAGUGGACGCGCUUCGGUUGCAAGCUCUGCAAGAAAUCAAACGCAAGGUUCUCCGCUGCGUCUUUCGUCCCGCCCGGUCAAUAUGUCAGGAGCCAUCUCCCUGCUCGAAGAUCAUUUUCUCUGCUGAAGCUUUGUCGAGCAGUCGAAAAGAGAAGCAUACUACAUCUACUCUCGACUAUCUUUAUGCUCAGCAUGCCAGUAUGAGUUCGCCUGAUGAGCCUCUCAGUAUCCCACUCACAGGCUACAGCAACAUAAUGGCCGAAUUGCGUUUCUUGACUGACACGAGCAGCGCUACUGAGACCAGCAUGACCAUAAUAGACCCUGAUUUCGUCGACGAGGAGCUCAACAGUACUGCUGUGUUUCAAUCUGAAACAGAAGACAGCAGUCCGCACAAGCAGGUCACAACGGAAGACUUCUAUCGUAAGAAAUCACGAAUCACCAUCUCCAAAGAUGAACAGAACCGUCAAGUGUUUCGAGGCGACGCACUGACGUUGGCUGAGUUGUUCAAGGUGCUACAGCAACGCGAGCUCUCUUACCGUGUUGACUGGGAGUGGGAUGGAUUGCGGUUGAUACCUUCGAGCGCUCUUCUAUGGUCGCUGGGCCCAGAGACGCUGGAUACACUGCUGAACAUUGAGCAUCGUCUUAGACAAUGUGCGGGAGCAGGAGGUGCAGAGAUUUGCAUACAAAAACUAGGUAGCGAACGUGCAGGUUUUUCCUGA